GGCGGGGCGAGAAAAGGAUAUUUAUUUAUUAUUAGAAAUCAACAACACCAGAACUUUCUCCAUUUGAUAUCCAAGACCACCCGUCUACGACCCUCCACCCGCCUCCUACAAAUAUAGAAGAAGGGAGCUGCGCCAAAUCGCCGCUCUCCUGAACCCACAAUCGCCGCCAAGAACGAGGAUAACUUCGGCCAAAACGUUUUCCUCAACUUUCAGACGAACGCUGCGCUCGGGUGCUUCAGGUUUCUCCAUAGCCGCUGCGGCAAGUAUACAGCAGAAGCCGGCGCCGCAGACUAAGAGUGCGAGUCUCCUGGUUAGGAGUGCGGAGAGAAGGAUGCAUAGCAAGGUAGUCAUCAUUGGCUCCGGCCCCGCAGCGCACACUGCAGCUGUGUACCUCUCGCGCGCGGAGUUGAAACCCGUGCUGUACGAAGGCUUUCUCGCGAAUGGCAUCGCAGCAGGUGGGCAAUUGACAACCACGACGGACGUGGAGAAUUUCCCGGGGUUUCCAGAUGGGAUUGGAGGCGCUGAGCUUAUGGAUGCCAUGCGCAAACAAUCCGAGCGAUUCGGUACCAAAAUCAUCUCCGAGACGAUUGCGAAAGUAGACUUCUCACAGCGCCCCUUCAAAUACUGGGCCGAGUACGAAGAGGACAAGGAACCCCACACCGCCGACGCCGUCAUCAUCGCCACCGGGGCUUCAGCACGCAGAUUGCACCUCCCUGGCGAGGACAAAUACUGGCAGAAUGGGAUUUCAGCCUGCGCGGUCUGCGACGGUGCGGUUCCCAUCUUCAGAAACAAGCCGCUGGUGGUUAUUGGCGGUGGAGAUUCCGCGGCCGAGGAGGCCAUGUUCCUGACGAAGUACGGAUCGCACGUUACGGUUCUGGUACGAAAAGACCAUCUCCGAGCGUCGAAGACGAUGGCGAAGAGGCUGCUGGCGAACAAGAAGGUUACUGUGAAAUUCAACACCGUGGGUGCGGAGGUCAAGGGCGACGAGAGAGGGUUGAUGAGCCACCUGGUUAUCAAGGAUGUCAAGACAGGAAAGGAGGAGACGAUGGAGGCAAAUGGAUUGUUCUAUGCUGUCGGACACGACCCUGCGACGGCAUUGUUCAAGGGCCAGAUUGAGACGGAUGAAGAUGGUUACAUCAUCACGAAGCCGGGGACGAGUUAUACCAAUAUCGAGGGAGUGUUUGCCGCUGGUGAUGUGCAGGAUAAGAAGUACAGGCAGGCUAUUACGAGCGCUGGCUCUGGAUGCAUAGCUGCACUGGAAGCAGAGAAGUUCCUCGCUGACCAGGAGGCGGACAACGAUCUGGAGGCUGAGAAGGAAGCUACCAAGGGCAACAACGUUGUGGUACCGGAGUACAGGGGGAAUCCUCUGCUAUAG